AUGGAAGUGUUUACAGAACUGCCUGCUGAAGAGAUAGUUAUUCAAAAAGAGAAUGCUGGAAAAAGCAGCAGCCAAAUGAUCACGUGUCAUCCUCAAGAGCCAUCAAUUUCCUCAGCCGAGGAAUCAAAAUACGUGGAGAUUUACGAUUAUCCUGGAGGGGCAGGAGAGAAUCCCCAGACUCUAAAGCUGAAUCUAGAACGGAAUGGAAGGAAAGUGCCCUUUAUCAGAACUAAAAAUGGACCUUAUGAGAUCAGUGAGAUUAACAAAUUGGCUAACAAAAUCUUGGCAGACAAAUAUGCGAAUCAAGAAUCUCUGGAUUAUACAUCUAAAAUGGAAGGCACUCUUUCCCCCAUGGGGAUGAAAGCUGAUGAGGUUGGGGAAAGGAUCUCUGGCAUCAGUUCAGAAGAAUCUGAGAACACUCUGUCCCCUAGUAUCUCCAACAUUCAGCUUUAUACACAUGGCUGCCCAGAAUCAUCUUCAUCAUCUUGUCCUUCACCAAUACAAAAUACAAGUAAUUUUCCAAAAAUGGAUGACUUAGAAAGAGGAGGAAAAACCUCCUCCUCGUUUGGGUAUGACAGCGAUGAAGAUGAUGAAGCAGACUGCAAAGAAAUCUGUUUGAGCAAUGAGAGAGGAAGAGGCAGGCAUGCUUCACAGCUAUUGCAACCACAACCCAGCUAUGCCAGUGAAAGCAACAAUAGUAAUAAUGAUGAAGCACAUUAUAUUACCACCCAUGAAAUACAGCUUAGUGAAGUAGAUCAUGACAUGGAUUUUGACUAUGGAUUAGCUUCUCGAUGGGACUUUGAGGAUAACAAUGUUAUUUAUUCCUUUGUGGAUUAUGCUUCCUUUGGGAGCGAAGAAACACUUGCAGACACACAAACAGAAGAGGAUAAUAGCUGUUAUCUCAGCACAACCACCAGUGAUCCUAAUAAUCAGACAGACAGUAUUGAUAAUACCAGCAGUACAGAGAUAGUCAGCAUUAAUUCUGAAAAUGAUACUCCAAGCACAGACAAAUGCGCCAGCUCGGAAGAAAGUCAGUCCAAGAACCUCUGCAACAUGAGUGAGAAUUCUGCAGGCCAGAUACUCCUAUCAAUCAAACCAACUUCCAGGGCUAUAAAUGAGCCUAGCAACCAGCAUGAAAAGCAAAACAUUAUUUAUGCUGCCAAGCAUGAAGGCGACAUGAGCCUCUGUGUCUCCACAGCUCAUGAACGAAAUUCAAGUUUCAAACAAGAUGUGUUUCAUGACUAUGCAAAAAAGUUUAUUGCAGUUCCUGCACAUUUGCAAACAAGGUGUGCAGCUAUAAAAGCAAGAGAAUUGGGUGGAUAUUCAAGUGGUGCCUCCAGCGUGGUAAGUGAGUUGGAUGAUGCAGAUAAAGAAGUAAGAAGCCUGACAGCAAGGGCAUUUCGGAGCUUAGCUUAUCCCUACCUUGAUACCCUGAACUUGAGUUCCAGUGAGUCUUCCACAUCUCUUUCAGAUCACAAUCUAGGAAUCAACCGAUGGUCAACUUAUUUGGAUUUAAAGUGCAGCAGUCUUGGACAGAAAGCAGAGCAGAAUUUUUUCAAAAGCAGCGCUGCAUCUGCUGGAUGGAAAAGAAACUCUGGGACUAAGACAGCCAGUGACCAUUUCUACAUUCACUCCAAUAAAUCACAGACUAAAGCAUUGGAAUUUGUUGUCAGUAAACUUGAUGGGGAAAUAACGCAUGUUGAAACACCACGUUGCUUUGAAAAACAGGUCCAGCCAGGCUCCCGAGUUGUUACUUUGCUGGAAACUUUGAAUUUCAGCAGCAAUAUUAAUGCGGGUGUCCCCAGACCUGCUAAACCUUCUGAAAAUGCUGCUGUUGGGUCAAGUUGCACAGAUGAAGUUACAGAAACACUGCCAAAGGAGCAGAGCAAUGAAAUCUGCAAACAAACUGGAGUCGUUGCAGAAACCAUGGAAGGAACACAGAAGUCAAAAUUUGCAUCUAGCCUCCUCAAAAAUGUUAUUUCAAAGAAGAUGCAACAGGAACAUGAGUUCAAAAUGGAAAGGGGAGAGAUCACAGACACCACAUACUCCGGUAUGUCAAAUUCCUCAUCUUCUAAAGAGGGAGAUAGCACUGCCAAGGAGAAGUUAAAGAACGGGGGAUUGCAGAGACAAAAUUCAAGAUAUUCAGAAGCCAGCUCUGAUUGCACUAUUGUAACAGCAGAUGAUUUGCGGGAAUUUUUUGAUAGCAAGUCACCAACCUCCAAGCCCUCUACUCCACGGGAAGCCACUGUUAGCCUAAACCGAAGCCUUUCAGAAACAUUUUUAGAAGAGGCAUGUAAAAUAAAACAAAGUGCCUCUGAAACACUCAAGGCCACUUUCCUCCGUAGCCAGAACAGUGCAUUUAGAACAUGGAAAGAAAAAGAAGCAGAGAAAAUAGAGGAAAAAGUUCCUGUGGGGAAACUGAAAAUAGGAUUUAAAGGUGAUUGGAAAGCCGAUAUGGGAGAAAUCACAGCUAAUAAAGCAACUAAAAUGUCUCGCCUUUUUGUUCCAAAAAUUCAACAAACAGUUAAAGAUAAUAAUAACUUGCAUGUGACAAAAUACUCCACAGCGACAACUGCAGCAGCUCAGACUGCUAUUGCCACCACAGUGAUAAAGCCCAAACCUCCAGAGAUCAAGAUAAGCUUGGGAAGUGUGGAGCAGAACAAAGAUAAUCAUUUCAACAUUACUAAGCUUCUCAGCCCCAAGAUAGCUGGAAAUGCCCCCAAUUUUUUUAAGACAGCUGUUGAUACCAGAUGUCAACUGCAAAAGCAAAUAAAAGGGGAGAUUAUGGACAAACUGCCUCAAUUUCAGGUACGUGAUGUAAGAGAAAAUAAGUCUAAAGUCCAAGGGCCUAUACAUCAGGUGAGAGAUGUCAGGAAAUUAAUCAAGAGUAGUUAUAGUCUUGAGUCAGGGGAUAACCAGAGUGACAGAGGUAGUGUUAACUCUGACCAGGGAACCUUUGACCAGAAAUCCAAACAGCUGAUGUCAAUAGGCAUUCCCAGGUCUCUGUCUCCCAUGGUGAUAACUUGUCAGACAGUAAGUAACAGUAAAGAGGACAAGAAGCUCAACAAAUCUCACGAGAUGGGGCCCAGAGUAAGUAAUGGAGGCAAGAUGCUACCUUCGAACCAAGAAGGAACUAUACUGGUACACAGGACCUCAGGAAGGCUGCCAGUAGCCACCAUUGCUCCCAACAAGAGUGAUCCUCGCCAGCCUGCUGUAUUGAAGAUAGUCUCCAAAACAUCUGUCAAUAAAGUGGGACCACUGGUGAUGGAUGAAGAAGUACUUCCCAAAGAAGAAGAGGUGACCAAGGCAUCUGUCUCAGCAAACGAUAAGGCUCUGCAAAAACUCACAGCAGCAGUCCGGAGCAUGGAAGAGCUGUACAGUUUCAGUAAAAAUGAGUGGAAACGAAAGAGUGACCCAUUACCCAUAACCGGCAGCCAUGUCCUCUCCCUCAUUGCCAGCGAAGAGCAAACCACGGGAGCCAUAAACACAGCCAAGGAAGAGUCGAUGGUGGUUGCCAAGACGGAGGACCAGGAGGGAACUCAGACGGUGGGGUUAACAACUACUCCCAGCAGAUCCGCACCAGAACGCCAUCCCCGUGGCAGAUUCGCCAACCCAACCAAGAACGCAGAGAAGGUCUCCGCCAAGGCAGCGGCCUUUGAGAGCCUGACCCGAGAGCGUGGGGCACGUGGAUCAGGCCUCUACGGAGAAUCUGCCCCAAGAAACCCGGGACCUGCUGAGAAGGAAAGAGUCCCUGUGGUCCCUAGGACCACCUUAACUUUUAACGCUCAGGCCCAGAAGGCCAAGCAUCAGCCACCGGUGCUCUCGUCUCCUUCCCCGCCUCGAGGCCUCAAAGGCCAGGCCAGGCCUCGCUCCAUCAAGUUAUUUGGCAACCGGCAGGGGAGCCUGGUGGAGCCCGAAAAGAGCCGCAAGCCCGUCUUUCCCGACUGCGGGAACUACUUGGCCAUUUCGCUCAAGGAGCCGUCCGCGGAACAAGCGGGACCGGUGGCUUUAGGCCCAGGAGGAGGAACAGCAGCAAGCACCAACCGCCCAGGCCUCGUCGCCACUGCUUCACCCGCUGCCGCCCAGCCCCUCCACCAGUCUGCGGCAGGUUCCAACCCCAUCCAGGCGGCCCAGCGGCAGCCCACCGAGGAGCGCGCUGGCCCCACCGCAGCCACAGCCACCGCUCAGCCACAGCCACAGGUGCUGCCGCCCUUGCCACCGCAGCAUCAACUCCAGGCGGCUGCUGCUGCUCCACCGCUGGAAAUGUCUCCGGCGCACAUCUUUCCCCAGGCUCUGUCCCUCGCGGCGGCGGCGGCCGCUCUGACAGGCGCGACUCAGACGGCGACGCCUUUGCUUUGCUUCUCGCCGCCCGCCGAGCCCGCCGCCUUCCCGCCGCAGCGCAAGGUGUUGCUGGACCUCAGCACGGGUCAGUGCUAUUUAGUGGACGCCCCGCUGCAGCCCCAGCCGCAGCCCCAGAAGCGACGCCUCUUUGAUCCGGAAACAGGGCAGUACGUGGAAGUACCUUUGCCUGUCCCGGCGUCGCCGCCACAACCGCCGGCCCUGGCCCCCAUGACCAUCCCCAUGUCGUCCCUGGCGCUGGGAGCGGCCGCGGGAACCUACAGCGCCCCGGCCUAUAUGUUCUACCCGGGCUUCCUGCCGGCAGUCCUGUCCGCCAGCGCACUGCAGGGCCAGUUCGCCCAGCAGCCCGGCGGUGAGCUGGGGUCUGCGGCUGCCUCAUCCAGGAGCGCCGCCAGCUCUGCCGCAGAAAGCCCGUAUUACAUGCCCACGGGCACCCCGCAGCAGCAACUGUGCCCGCAAGCGGCUCCUGGCGACGGGAAAGCGCCGCUUAUCAGCAUCACCUCGCAGCCUCUGGGCCCCCGGAUCGUCGCGCCUCCGUCCUUCGACGGCACCACCAUGCGCUUCGUCGUGGAGCAUCGGUGAUGGGGCGCCGGCCAGGAGAGAUGCUGCUGCUGGUA